CCCAGGGACGGAGCAACUUGCUUCAUCACUCCCCGACCUGGCGACCUCUAAACCCUAAAACCCUUAAAGCUUCCAUCCGCUAGAGCCUAUAAGACCCUCGCCCGCCUCCAAAUUGACAGAGCACACGAAACCUAGCCCCAAUCUCGUUCGUUUACUGUUCUAAUCCAGCUGCAAUGGCACCUCCAAGAGGAAGAUCCGGUGGUUUCAGAGGUGGAAGGGGCGGUGAUAGCGGCGGCCGAGGAAGGGGCGGCGGCCGCGGCGGCGGUAGAUUCGGUGAUCGGGGCGGGAGUGGGAUGAAGCCCCGUGGCGGAGGUCGCGGCGGUUUCGGCGGCCGUGGUGGAGGAAGGGGUCGUGGCGGUGGCCGUGGAGGCGGCGGGAUGAAAGGUGGGAGCAAAGUUGUGGUUGAGCCUCAUAGACACGAAGGUGUGUUUAUUGCCAAGGGGAAAGAAGAUGCUCUUGUUACAAAGAAUCUUGUUCCUGGCGAGGCUGUCUACAAUGAGAAGAGGGUCUCUGUGCAGAACGAAGAUGGGACUAAGGUCGAGUACAGGGUUUGGAACCCCUUCAGGUCGAAGUUGGCAGCUGCAAUCCUUGGUGGUGUUGAUAAUAUCUGGAUUAAACCAGGUGCUAAGGUUCUCUACCUUGGAGCUGCAUCCGGAACUACUGUGUCUCACGUGUCAGAUCUUGUUGGCCCCACUGGAGUGGUUUAUGCAGUGGAGUUUUCACAUAGAAGUGGUAGGGAUUUGGUGAACAUGGCUAAAAAGCGCACAAAUGUUAUUCCCAUCAUUGAAGAUGCUAGGCAUCCAGCCAAGUACCGCAUGCUAGUAGGCAUGGUUGAUGUCAUAUUUUCUGAUGUUGCUCAACCUGAUCAGGUUUGCCCUUCUUUUUAUCUGUUUCAACAUCUGCACGAGUUCUCAUUUGGUAACCAUUCGAGAGAUCUCUUAGACGACCCUUUAGAUAAUCCUAUGGCCGCUGUUUUAUUCUUAAACUGGCCUGGUGUUAGUUAUUCUAGAUUGGCAUAUCUUGGUUCGAACUUUUCUUUGAAAAUAAAGUAUUUCUUUUGGUUUUUUUGUCUGUGAAUUAUGUUGUCUUGCAAAUGAAGAGACUUCACUCGGAUUCCCCUACACGACUUAUGGAGUGAUGAAAACACGAGUUUCUGAUGCAAUCUUCAAUAGUUAUCUCUAUUCUAUUCAGCAAUCCGUUUCUGUGUUUUCUUUGUUUCCAACUACUGUAGUGUUGUAAUCCUGCAUAUGACGAGGUACUCGGAUUCCCCUUCCAGUCAUCUUAAGUGAUGCAGGGUCCGAGUUGCUGAUGCUGAAAAGGGAUUCAUCAUUCUUUUACAAAAUCAGUUGUUUAAAAUUAGCAACUCCUUUUACUGUGUAUCCAUACAUUUGUUUUUCUCUGCUGGAUUUGUGUUUUCCAUUUUGCUUAUGCAUCUAUGCUAAUAGCCCAACUUUUGUAAAUGUUGGUUGGUACCAUGUAAUUUUGUUUCAGCGUACUUCGUAUUGAAUCUUCUACAAUUGUCUAUAGUACCCCUUAUAAAACUCUCGUUAUUGGGUUAGCCAGCCUAUGCUGUCUUGUGGGGUGCUGGUAUUUUGUUUGCGUGUAAGCCUUGUAGAUUUAUGGUGUCAUGGUCUGUUUAAUUUUGAUUGUGCAGGCUAGGAUUCUAGCCCUGAACGCAUCUUACUUCUUGAAGGCCGGUGGUCACUUUGUCAUCUCUAUCAAGGCAAACUGCAUUGACUCCACAGUGCCCGCUGAGGCAGUGUUUGAGAGUGAAGUGAAGAAGAUGACACAGGAGCAGUUCAAGCCUGCCGAGCAGGUGACACUGGAGCCAUUCGAGAGAGACCAUGCCUGUGUCAUUGGUGCUUAUCGUGUUCCUAAGAAGCAGAAAGCUUGAAGUCUUUUUGCUGGACCUGUAGUAUUUCGAUAUCUUGAGAUCCUUGAUGACUUUGUAGCUUAGAUAGCUUGCAUGCCCCCUUGUUGUUGGGGCCUUGUAUUUUUUUUUUAUAACUACUGCUCCUUUGGUGCGAGUCAGAAUUUUGUGGGAUGAAAAGCUGGUCUGCCUAAGUUAUAUAUUUUGUGCCAACUAUAUAAGCAUUUGUGCCUAUGCAAUUCUCCUCUUAUGCGAAAAUAUGAUUGAAGGA